AUGACGGACCAAUCUUCCAAACCCAACGGAAACGGCGCAAUUAACGGCGCUGCCGCCACUAACGGCAAUCCGGCUCCCGUUAAGUCCCAACUGUACAACCCCAACCGUCAAGUUUACCGGCCGCAAUCUCACUACCACCGCCGCGGCCAGCGCUCCCACCGCAACCUCUGCUGCUGCUGCUGCUUCUGGACCAUUCUCACCGUCCUCGCGGUGGCGCUCCUCGCUGCCAUUGUCGGCGCCGCACUGUACGUUCUGUACCGCCCGCACCGUCCCGAAUUCUCCGUCACCAACCUCCGCAUUGCCAAGAUGAACCUCACUUCUUCCGCAGACUCGCCAUCGCACCUCGUCACGCUCUUCAACCUCACUCUCAUCGCCAAAAACCCCAACAACCACCUUGUUUUCUUCUACGACCCCUUCGCCGUUACGGUCUUCUCCAACUCCGUCCAUGUCGGGAACGGCUCCAUUACGGCGUUCACCUCCGACAAGAGCAACCAGACGAGUCUCCGCGCGGUGCUGUCUGGGUCGCAAGAUCUGGAUACUGAUUCGUUGACUAGCCUGAGAUCGGGUCUGAAGAUGAAGAAGGGUUUCCCCGUCGAGAUACAGAUGGAUACCAAGGUGAAGAUGAAGAUGGAUUGGCUCAAGAGCAAGAAGGUCGGAAUUAGAGUCACGUGCGAUGGAAUCAGAGGAACAGUUCCCGCCGGCAAGUCUCCGGCGGUGGCUUCCGUCGUGGACUCCGAGUGUAAGGUGGAUCUUCGAAUCAAGAUCUGGAAGGGAAAUCCCAAUCUCCUUCCUAAACCACAUGUGAAGACUGAGACUGCAUUAGAUCCUAGGGACCUACCUGCUACAUUGAUAUCAGAUAGCGAUUCUAAACAAUUUAAGAAAAAUGAGCGAGACAAGAAACAAUUUUGUGACACACGCGCAUCAUUUGAGCAUUAUAAGGAUAUAAAUGGGAAGGAGGGAGGUCGUUUUGAUGAUUGUGACUUUGUAGCCAUAGCUUGA